AUGUCAACCACUUCGCCCAGCCCAUUUUAUCCAUCCUGCCCAUCUUAUCCAUCCUGUCCAUCUUAUCAACCCUGUCCAUCUUAUCCAUUCUGCCCAUCUUAUCCAUCCUGCCCAUCUUAUCCAUCCUGCCCAACUUAUCCAUCCUGUCCAUCUUAUCAACCCUGCCCAUCUUAUCCAUCCUGCCCAACUUAUCCACCCUGCCCAUCUUAUCCAUCCUGCCCAUCUUAUCCACCCUGCCCAUCUUAUCCAUCCUGCCCAUCUUAUCCACCCUGCCCAUCUUAUCCACCCUGCCCAUCUUAUCCAUCCUGCCCAUCUUAUCCAUCCUGCCCAUCUUAUCCAUUCUGCCCAUCUUAUCCAUCCUGCCCAUCUUAUCCAUCCUGUCCAUCUUAUCUAUCCUGCCCAUCUUAUCUAUCCUGCCCAUCUUAUCCAUCCUGUCCAUCUUAUCCACCCUGCCCAACUUAUCCACCCUGCCCAUCUUAUCAACCCUGCCCAUCUUAUCUAUCCUGCCCAACUUAUCCACCCUGCCCAUCUUAUCCAUCCUGUCCAUCCUGCUCGUCUUAUCCAUUCUGUCCAUCUUAUCCACCCUGUCCAUCUUAUCCAUCCAGCCCAUCUUAUCCAUCCUGCCAAUCUAAACCACCCUGCCCAUCUUAUCCAUCCUGCCCAUCUUAUCCAUCCUACCCAUCUUAUUCACCCAGUCUAUCAUAUCCACCCCGUAAAUCUUAUCCACCCCGUAAAUCUUAUGCACCCAGCCCAUCUUAUCAACCCUGCCCAUCUUAUCCACCCUGCCCAUCUUAUCCACCCUGUCCAUCUUAUCCACCCAGUUCACCUUGUAAAGUCAGAAGGAGCAAGAAUAAAGUCAGACUGGACCAGUACGAAGUCAGAAGGAGCAAGGGUAAAGGCAGACUGGACCAGUAUAAAGUCAGAAGGAGCAAGGAUAAAGGCAGACUGGACCAGUAUAAAGUCAGAAGGAGCAAGGGUAAAGUCAGACUUGACGAGUACAGAGUCAGAAGGAGCAAGGAUAAAGUCAGACUGGACCAGUAUAAAGUCAGAAGGAGCAAGGAUAAAGGCAGUCUGGACCAGUAUAAAUAUAAAGUCAGAAGGAGCAAGGAUAAAGUCAGACUGGACCAGUAUAAAGUCAGAAGGAGCAAGGAUAAAGGCAGACUGGACCAGUAUAAAGUCAGAAGGAGCAAGGGUAAAGUCAGACUUGACGAGUACAGAGUCAGAAGGAGCAAGGAUAAAGUCAGACUGGACCAGUAUAAAGUCAGAAGGAGCAAGGAUAAAGGCAGACUGGACCAGUAUAAAGUCAGAAGGAGCAAGGAUAAAGGCAGACUUGACCAGUAUAAAGUCAGAAGGAGCAAGGAUAAAGGCAGACUGGACGAGUACAGAGUCAGAAGGAGCAAGGAUAAAGGCAGACUGGACCAGUAUAAAGUCAGAAGGAGCAAGGAUAAAGGCAGACUUGACCAGUAUAAAGUCAGAAGGAGCAAGGGUAAAGUCAGACUUGACGAGUACAGAGUCAGAAGGAGCAAGGAUAAAGGCAGACUGGACUAG